AUGUGGCUGAGCUCUUCCGAAGGAAUUGCCGGCGCAGAUGGAUACCAGGCUCGCUGGGCAUCCAAGGUUGUCCCCUACGUCUAUGGGUUUGAUGUAGCCAAGUCAUCGCUGAAAUGGUUCAAUGAGGCGCAGAAGAGAUCCAUCGAACUCUUCAUCAACGCUGCAUACGGGGAUCGGUUCAAGGUGUACACGCGGGUCCGCGCUGCUGCUCUUCGCGAAAAUUGGAACACGCUUAAGUCUAUGCCGAUGCUGACCUACCCGCCGUUUCCACUCUACGAUUGCUGUUGGCACACCUAG